GAGAGAGGGACAUGGACAGGGCGCGAGGCGACCGACGGCGCGAGGACGAUCGCGCAGAGCCACCACGGACGCGCGGCGAUAGGAGCAUAAGAGGAGAGUUUGACCGGCCGGAUCGAGACCGACAGCAACGAGACCGAGACGGCCGCAGCAUCACAGAAUCCCCACGCCGCUCAGUCAGCCCUAGGCGGCCUCUCGACAAAGAUGGCAACGGCAACGGCAACGGCGACGGCGACGGGCACCCGCAACUCCCGACCCGCUCGAAACCCAUCAACGGCAGCACGGGCGGUUCCGGCGCCGCGCCGGCGGCGCCCGUCUCAUUCAAGGUAAAGGGUAGGGACGGCAGUCACGGUCCCGAGGCGCGGAAUCAGUCGACGUCAACGUCGACACGGGAGAACAGCCAGGAGCAGCAGCAGCAGCAGCAACAACAACAACAACACGAACGCGAAGAGAAUGAACGGCAGCAGUCUAGAGGCCGCUUCGACGCCGAACCCAUGGAUGAAGACGAGGAGGAGGACGUUGUGGUCGAGGAUGACGGCCUGGACGACAUGGCGGCCAUGAUGGGCUUCGGCGGGUUCGGGUCCACCAAGGGGAAGAAGGUGCUGGGGAACAAUGUGGGCGCGGCGAGGAAGGAGAAGCCGACCAAGUAUCGGCAGUACAUGAACCGCAUCGGCGGUUUCAACAGGCCGCUGAGUCCUACUAGAUAG